AUGAGUGACGUUUACAUUGUGAUCCACUUAUCCACUACUUGUGAUGAAAAUGGAGUUUAUGUUAGUAAAGAUUCAGCUGAAAUCAUUGAAAUUGCAUGGAUUUUAUUAGAUGCAAAUACUUUACAAGAAAUUUCAUCAGAUUCAAUAUUGAUUCGUCCUUUAAAUACACCAAUCACUGCAUUAUGUACAAAUUUGACCACAUUAACUUGGGAACAUGUUCGUAAUGCUGGAACGUUUAAAGAUGCUAUUUUGAAAUUAGAUUCAUUCAUUCAUGAUAAUAUUACAUCAAAACAAUUAGAUUUUACAUUUGUCACAUUAAAUGCAUGGGAUUUAAGAGUCCAACUUCCAAGAGAAGCUAGAGAUAAAAAUGUUGUUUUACCUCCUUAUUUACAACAUUCAAGAUGUUUUGAUUUAAAACAAGAAUAUGCUAAAUGGCAAACUCAUCAUCCAGAAACUUUAUCUUAUAGUUCAUCAAAUCUGUCAUCAAUUUGUACAGCUUUAGAAGUUGAAUUGGAUGAACAAACUUUAACUCAAGUUCAACAACAAGCUCAACAACAACAGGUUCAACAACAACAAGCACAAGUUCAAGUUCAACAACCUCAAUCAGGGAAUUCUACACCACAACCAAGUUUAAAAUCAACUUUACCAUUUCAAUUACAACAAUUGGCUAUUCAAACUCCACGUCGUGCAUUAAAUGAAACAAAUGUUUUGAAAAAAGUUUUACAAUCAUUAAUUAAGAAAUCAACUCCAAUUGAAGAUCAUUCAGAUGUUUUAACAAGACCAUUUGAUGGAAGAGCUGAUGUUCGUGCAUUUUUAGCUGAACGUUCAAAAGUUUUACAUUUAAAUAAUUUACCACAAGAUACAACUCAAAGUGAAUUAGAAUCUUGGUUUACUCAAUAUGGUGGACGUCCAAUUGCAUUUUGGACUUUGAAAACUCCAGAACAACAUAAACCAACUGGUUUAGGUUUUGCUGUUUUUUCAUCUCAUGAAGAAGCUGCAGAAUCAUUAGCAAUGAAUGGUCGUGGAUUAAAUGAUAAAUCAAUCGAGGUUCAACCAUCAAGUGCAAGAGUUUUAGAUCGUGCUCAAGAAAUUUUAACUCCAUUCCCACCAAGUAAAAAUCGUCCAAGACCUGGAGAUUGGACAUGUCCAUCUUGUGGUUUUUCAAAUUUUCAAAGAAGAACUGCAUGUUUCCGUUGUUCAUUCCCAGCAGCCAGUGCUGUUGCAAUUCAAGAAUCUAUGUAUUCAAAUAAUGGUUCAAAUCAAUCAUCUGGUUCAUUAAGUAAUGGUGGUGGUCAUAAUAAUAACAAUAAUAAUAAUAAUCAUCAUCAUAACAAUCAUAAUAACCAUAAUAAUCAUCAAAAUCAUAACAAUCAUCAUAAUAAUCAUAAUAAUCAUCAUAACAAUUAUAAUAAUAACAACAACCAUAAUAAUCAUAAUAACAACCAUACUAAUCAUCAAAAUAAUGGUUCUCAACAUUAUCAAAAUAAUAGCUUAAACUAUUUAAACAAUAAUGUUUCAAAUAUUGGUAAUGGUAAUGGUCAUAACAAUAACAAUAAUAACAAUAGUAAUGGUAACGGUAAUGGUAAUGGUAAUGGUAAUAAUAGAGUUUCAUCUGUACCAUUUAGAGCAGGUGAUUGGAAAUGUGGUAAUGAAGGUUGUUCAUAUCAUAAUUUUGCAAAAAAUAUAUGUUGUUUACGUUGUGGUGCACCAAGAGUUCAAUCAAAUAUUAAUUUAGAUCAACAAGUAUCACAAAUUCCACAAGUUUCAAUUCCACAACAACAAGUUUCUCAAGUUGCUCCACAAAUGUCACAAAUUCCUCAAGUUUCACAACUUCAACAACAAGUUUUAAAUCAAGGUUCAAAUUAUCAAUAUGAAAUUCCUGAUAUUACAAAACAAAUUAAUGGAUUAGUCUUGAAUCCAUCAUCAACAAAUUCUGGAUUACAAACACCAAUCAAUAUUGGUGAAUAA